AUGAAAUCUCUUAUCCUCAUGGCUUUCAUCCUUCAAUUAUUCCUUCGACUCGGGAAGACUGAGGUGGUUCUUGGUCUCGAAGUGAGCGAAUCAGCCCCUGAUGAACCGAGUACCCUUGAUCAUCUACAGCGACGCGCGGUUAAGAAGGUAACUAAACCGCACACUAAUACUGGCACUACACCGAGAUCUGGGCAAAAUGCUAUCACUUGCAAAGGCGAAAGUGGUAUAUUACAAGACUGUUUCGCAUGUGCCGAAAAGUUGGCAAAAAGUCAUCGGUCUUGCACCAUGUUCAAGACGUGUGCCAUCGUGAUAUUAGAAGCAGGCAAGAAUAAGCAAUCCAGGAUUGAAAAGAUGUCAGCCGAGGAGCUCAAAUAUCGUGUGCCACAGUCGCUGGACAAUAGUUGUACCGCUAACCCAAAGCUCAAAUUUGAGGAGAAAACCUUCAGCAAGACCCCCGAUAGCCCAAAGAGGAUAGGAGUUCGUUUCUUUAAAACACCUCUCAAGUCUAAAGGCGUUGAAGAUUGCAACGCUGCAGCCUUGAAGAUGCUUGGUCUAUAA